AUGCGGGAGGUGUACGAGCCUUACAAACGACGCACCCCUGAAGUUAGGCGCAAGGAGCCUGUCAGUUAUGAGCGAACUAAAGUCAUCGAAAGCAUCCGAACUGCUGCUCCGAAUCCUAACCCAAAACCGAAGAACGUUGCUGUGUGUAAACCGUUACGUUUGAGUGAUAAAAACGCUCAGUAUUGGACAACAGACGUCCCCGAUCGUCCUCGCCGGCCUAAAAAGCCCGACGAACAGAAGAAGAACGUGAAAUUCUCCGAAGUUUCGGGAUGCAAUCGGAAGAUGAUCGUCGACGACCCAAUUUGCGGUCGUAAGGUCGUACCGGUUAGAGAACUAGAGGUGUCGUUAGACCAAAUGAUACAGAAUGGAUACUUCGAGAAGCAUAAUAUCCCGAUAGCCAGGAGCAUCCCGUUGGAACGGGAUGGGAUGAAGGAAGAAGGGGUGAUGCCGAAUGGGAAGUGCCUGACGGGGGAGGUGAAGGAAAAACAACCGCCGAGGCGGACCCGACACUUGCCGCAGGUGCUCGCAGCGCUGGCAGUGUCACUUGCCCCAUUCUCCGCAGGCCUGGGCAAGGGCUACAGCUCUCCUGCCAUCGCAUCGCUGCAAGGACCUGGAGCCAACUCCACCAGGAGAGACUUCCAGCUGACCGACCAGCAGGCUUCGUGGCUGGCGUCGUUGUCUUUCUUGGGAGCGCUUUUCGGCGGAAUGGCAGGCGGGGCAGCCAUGCGUCACGGACGGCGCCGGGUGCUGUCGCUAGCGGCCGCGCCCUGCAGCCUGUCGUGGUUGCUGACGGUGCUGGCGACGUCGGUGCGCAUGAUGUGCGUCACCUCCUUCCUGGGCGGCUUCUGCUGCUCCAUCCUCACCAUGCUCUCGCAGGUAUACAUCAGCGAAGUGUCAGUCCCUGACAUCCGUGGCUGCCUCAGCGCUGUCCUCAAGAUCGUCGGCCAUCUUGGAGUGCUCUUCAGCUUCACCAUCGGCGCCUACCUCGACUGGCAACAGCUAGCCCUCUGUAUCUCAGCAGCCCCUCUCCUUCUCUUCUGCACAGUUCUCUACAUCCCAGAGACGCCCAGCUACCUCGUCCUCAUAGGAAAAGACGAGGAAGCCUACAAAAGCCUCCUAUGGUUACGCGGUCCCAAUUCUGACGUUGCUCAAGAGUUAGCCACGAUUCGAACCAAUGUGUUAGCCAGUAAGAACUUCAGUCAACGCCAGAGUCAGAUGUCUGGCAGUCAGCUCAUCAACUCCUUAGAUGUUAGGACCAUGAAUAGACUGCUAGGGCCUAUACUAGUCACAUGUGGUCUCAUGAUGUUCCAAAGAUUCUCUGGAGCUCACGCGUUCUCUUUCUAUGCUGUGCCCAUUUUCAGGAAGACAUUUGGAGGAAUGAAUCCCCAUGGGGCAGCCAUAGCUGUCUCAUUCGUUCAACUUCUGGCUUCAUGUCUUUCAGGACUGCUCAUAGACACAGUGGGAAGACUUCCCUUACUGAUAUUGAGUUCUGUGCUAAUGUCAAUGGCUCUAGCAGGUUUUGGGAGUUACGCGUAUUACGAAGAGGUGCACCGCAAUCAGAGAAUUCAGAAUGUGAUGUUCCAUCAGACUCUGGGGCAAAACGAUUGGAUUCCGCUGCUUUGCGUGCUGGUGUUUACGAUUGCGUUUUCUUUGGGAAUGAGCCCAAUUUCCUGGCUGCUCAUUGGAGAGUUGUUCCCUUUGGAAUACAGGGCAUUUGGAAGCGCAAUGGCUACGGCUUUUAGCUACCUCUGCGCGUUCGUAGGAGUCAAGACCUUCGUGGACUUUCAACAGGCUUUAGGACUGCACGGGGCGUUUUGGCUGUACGCCUCUAUAAGUGUGGGUGGUUUGUGUUUCGUGGUGUGCUGUGUGCCAGAGACUAAAGGGAAAGAUCUAGAUGAAAUGGACCCGAACUAUGUGCAGAGUCUCUCGCCGAAGAGGUAAACUGUUUAGGUCCGGUCGGAAUUUGCUUGGAAAUGUUUCGGUAGAUAGUAGAAGGUAAUAAAUAGAAAGACUUAGAGAAGGUAAGGGACGCGAGGAAUGUAUUAUUUGGAAAAGUAUUGCUGUUGUACUGCGCUGCAAUGCGUUGGCUACAACAAAUAGGAGUAGAUAGAACCAUGAUCGGAGCGAGGGAAACGUUUCCAAAAAAAUUCGACUAAUAAUAUACCCAAAUUUAGGAACAAAAUAUAUCGAAUCCACCGCAAAGUUUGGGCUGUGCUUUUUAAAUUUUUUAAUAAAACAAAAAUGAGCCACAUCAUUUAUGGUGGUUUCCCUAA